ACAUUUUGCUUACUGGGUUUAUUCUAUAUUAUGCACUGUGCAAAUCUUCACGUGUUUAAACUUUGUUUUCUGGUAACAUGCUCCUGUAAUUUGUGAUUAAUUUCACGGUACACCUGCACUGUCAUGAUGAUAGGCUUUAACGUUUUUUCUUGAUGAGAUUUGCCUAGAUUUUAUCGUUAACAUCAUGGAUCCACGAAGUCAGAAACCUCGGGACUUCGUCGCGGCGUUUCGGAAUUUGACAGAGGAAGCGAAGAAAUCGAGAUUAACGCAAAUGAAAUGGAUUCAGAAGUAUGAGCCGUUUUUCGAGGAAUACGAAAAACUUCAGCAGGAAUUGGAUGAACUGUAUAAAGAGAAAAAGAUCAAAGUUAAGGAUGAGAUAGAGAGAGACGUGACCGAAGAGGAGAGAACAUGCUUACCGAUACCGGUUACAACUAAUGGCGAGUACGGAUGGCUCGCGGCGAAACCAAAAUUUCGCCUGGAGAAAUAUGGCUCAUGCGUCGUAACUUAUCCGGAUCCCCUCAGAGAUAUAGUUUUUCUUAAGGGAAACGUACCGAAUCUUGGUACAGGCAAAGGUUUCUAUUGGUAACGUUUCACGAAAUCUUCUGAUUAGAAUUUGCAAAGUUGCAAUUCAGUCAAUACAAAGCUG